AUGAAGGUCCCUCAUGCUCCGGGUCACAGGCAGGUGACUCCCAAACCCAAGCUCAAACAGAACAGACAUCCUUGCACCUGGGAGGGAUGUCACCGCAUGUUCGCGUGUCCGCACAACGUUCGACAACACAUUCGGGAGGCGCACACCGGAGAACGUCCAUACGCGUGCGAAAUUUGUGCAGCUGCAGGCAAAAGCAAGGCCUUCAAACGACCAGGUGUGCUCAAUCGCCAUCUGAGACUGGUGCAUCACAUGGUUGUCGAGACGAACCGGGCUCGCAAGGAGAGUUCAGAUCGAUCAGUACAACGUACCCAACUUGUCCGGUGCGAUACGCCGAUGAACCCCCAUGACCAAGAGCAGAUCCAGCAGACCGUGCAAAUGAUCGAACCUACAACGCCAGUGUUUAAUCGUUCGUCCUCUGAGAGCACUUGGUCGUAUCAUCACAUGCCUGCUGAAAUCGACAUCAAUAUUCCAUUCUUCGGCGAACACAAGACAGCAGGAUUCCUCAACGGUCACGAUCUCUUCAACUUGUCCUAUGACAUGCCUUCGCUUCAAGUUGGCUCAUCCGAAGUGUGGGCUCAGAUGAAUGCGCUUGUCGCCAUGCAACCCCCUGCUCCGACACACCCAAUCCACGACUACCACAACCGCCAACUGCACCCCAAUGCUGAUCACAUGCUUAUACACUCCACACAUGCUAAUAACACCACAUCCAUGGCUUGGUCACAGGGAGCGCAGUCAUAUAACCCUUUCGCUGGCACGGAACUUCCAAGCUUGGAUUCACUGCCUCGACUGCAACACAGCAGGAACAACUCUUCGGAAGAUGACCACAGCCACGGGACGAUCAAGACCGAAGACCUGUUCUCAAGCAUGCAACAUGGCAUGGGCUGGAUGAUGUGA